AUGUCUGACUCUGAUGACGAUUGGUUCAACAAGGACGAGGAUGAGCUUGUGGAAAAUCUACAACAACAACUAAAGCAAAAAGUUGUCAAUGAGACACGCGAGGAGCGCAUUGACUUUUGCGACAGACCUGACAGUUAUCUCCAACAACUUAGUUUCGAUGACCCACAAGAUGCUAAAAGUCCCGGUCGUUUUACUACCGCUGAAUUUGCAAAGGCACUGAAGAUGACGGCACUCGAAAUGUUCCUCUACUUGAUGUCCGGACCGCGUAAUCUCUUCAAAGAUCAGAUACUGUCCAAUGAUUCUCACAAACGUGUCGUUCAAUAUGUGCAAAUACUGUCGAUACUUUGUCAAUUGGAGUUGGGCGGUUUUGAUGAUCAAUUCCUCUCUGGUUUUGCCACGCAAUCGGCGCUCUUUGAGCACAUUAAACGCGUCGCCCUGAAAGUCUUUGAAUCAAGUUCCAAAUAUAGUUUAGAUGACGAAACUCAAUUGUUGCUGCGUGGCUUUAAAAAUUUGCUCAUUCGUGCUCACAGGAUGGGUAAACUACAGCCAUAUGGAUACGACCUAAUCGAAAAUUUUAAAACGUUGAUCUCCAGUUGUCAAAUCCCUCAGCUAUUAGAACAUCCGCUGUGUGUGGAAUUCGUCAAAGACUUGCAGGUUCUGCCCAGUGUUGUAUAUGUAAAGAACGAAAUCUAUCCUAAUCUAGAUCAAUUACUACGAACUGAUACCGUCGAUACCGAAGCUAAAAUUGCACCUGCACCCAACACUGUCGACGUCGCUCGCUAUAUAGACUGGCACCGUCAACUACUCUGCGAGGACUUUAUGCAGCCAUUACGUGAAUAUGUACAGCGCCUUCGUUCCAAGAAUAACCUCGACGAAUUGGUGACGCAAAAUCUACUUUUCCCCCAAACACAGCUAAUAUUGAAUCCAGUAUUUAAGGAAGCAGACCGAAAUAGUUUAAUUUUCAUGAAAUUCGUUGCUCCUCAUCAAGAUGAAAUCAAUUACCUAAAGAAUGUUAAGGGUGGAACUUUGCUGUGUUUCACUACCAGCUUUGAUUUUGAUAAUCUAAUUUUAGCCACUGUAGCGUAUACUAGUCCCGAUAUGAUACGACAAGGAUAUCGAAGCGUGGAGAUUGCUAAGCAGUACAAUAUUGGUAAUAUCUAUAACAAAAAUUUGAUUAUGUUCGAGACACCGGUAUUCUUUGAGCCCUAUUUGCGUGUCCACAACUAUCUAAGUACCUGCAGCGCGGAUAAUUUUCCUAUGAGACGCUACAUUGUUGAGGGUGAGGUUGAUGUUCGCCCACCGGCUUAUAUUCGGCCAGAUAUUCAAUUAACUUAUUACAAUACGCCAUUUACGGCAGCUGAGCCGCCGCUGGAGACGAAACUGAAUCAAUCACAACGAGGCGCUUUAGGCGCUGCUCUUCGCAACGAAUUCUGCAUUAUACAAGGACCACCGGGCACAGGCAAAACGCAUUUAUCCGUAGAGCUGGUCAACACUCUGCUGCAGAAUGCCGAGCGUCUUAAAUCGGGGCCCAUUGUUGUGUUGACCUACACAAACGAUUCGCUAGAUAAAUUCUUGCUGAAGGCCGCCCAGUACACGGACAGCAUUGUACGCUUUGGGAAUCAAUCGCGUUUGCCUGAAAUCGAGAAAUAUAAUGUUCGCUUAAUGACCGAGGAUCACCUUGUGCCGCCGCGCCUCAAACGGCUAUGGUGGUUGGUCAAAUGCGAGUAUAAGGAACAAUUUGAACGAUUGCAGACUUUGCAUGCCGAUUUUGAUGGCUCCGAACCUGCCUAUUUAGAAAUACAGUCGACACGAGAGCAAUUGCAACUGGUUGCCGAAAAGAUAAAUACGCUGCGCACAAUAUUCCAGUUUCAUCAGUCACGCGAUAAGGCUCUGCUAGCCAUGACAACCUCAUGUGCUGCACGGCUCAACUUUCUAUUCCGUCUGCUUGAAAGCAAAUGCUUUAUCUUUGAGGAGGCUGCUGAGAUAGCUGAACCACAUAUCCUGGCAUGCCUGACGCCCUACACGGAGCAUGUCAUACUGAUUGGCGAUCACAAGCAGCUGCAGCCACAUACGGGAAACUAUACGCAGCAAGGACUUCAAGUGUCGCUCUUCGAGCGCUUAAUUACGAACGAUUUUCCCGCAAGUGUCCUCAAUGUGCAGUAUCGUAUGCGCAGCUGUAUUGCUGAGCUCUUGGUACCCAUUUUCUAUGAUAAGCUUAUCACCGAUGAUUCGGUGCAGGCCUACCCAAAUGUGCCAAAAAUGGCAAAGAACAUGUACUUUGUCAAUCAUACGCAUCCCGAGGAGCAGAUGAUGGACCUGUCCUUUAUAAACAAACAUGAAGCUGAAGAGUUGAUGAACUUCAUGGCACAUUUGAGACAUGAUCCUAGCAACAUUGUAAUACUAUCGCCCUACAAUGCCCAAGUUGAAUACAUUAAAUCACUAUUAAUGAAAAAGAGGCAAAAUAGAUAUUUGGUCACCAGUGUGGAUAGCUACCAGGGCCUGGAAGCAAACAUUAUUCUACUGUCGCUGGUGCGCAGCAAUACGGCCGGAAAGAUUGGAUUUCUCGGAUUACCGAACCGCGUUUGUGUGGCCCUAUCGCGUGCUCGUUGGGGUCUCUAUAUGAUUGGCAACAUGGAGACGCUGCAGCAGGGCAGUUCCGAACUUUGGGGAGCUAUCAAUGCUAAGCUGCUAGCAGCAAAUGCUAUAGGCCCAGUGUUUCCGUUGGCCACUGAAAGUACUCCUUAGGGAACCCAUUUUGACAAUGGCUAUAAGCUGUUUGAAUUAUUAUUGUGUUUUGUAAAUAAAAUACGUUGGUUUUUCAA